AUGAGUGCCCUGCCCCCCGGUCCCAAAGGGUAUCCUUUAAUCGGCAAUCUUCUCGACAUGACAGAUCCGGACAAAGUCCCCGGUAAUGUGCAGGCAUGGGCCAAGGAGUACGGAGAGAUCGUCCACACCAAAAUCGGCACUGCGAACUACAUCUGGCUAAACUCUCCCACGGUGGUCAAAGAGCUGAUGGACCGCAGAGGGUCCAAAUACUCUUCGAAACCCGUGCAACCCAUGGCUUUCGACUGUGUCUCAGAUAAACGACGUCAGAUCUUCAUGCCAUACGGCGAGAAAUGGAGAAAUAUCCGCAAAAUCAGUCAUGCCGCAUUGAACCUGAGGACGAGUGAAUCUUACACUCCCAUUCAGGACUUUGAAUCCAAACAGGUCAUGUAUGAGUACCUCCAUAGAAAAGACGACUGGGAGUUCUACAACAUCAACAGACGUUACUCCAACAGCCUGAUCAUGACAAUCACUUAUGGCCAUCGAGUUGCAGACUGGGACGAUCCUGUCAUCAAGAAGAUUUUCACCGUGCUGGACCACUUUGUGCAGAUGUCCUCUCCCGGAGUGUGGAUCGUUGAUUCACUGCCCUCGUUGAGAGUGCUACCGCAGUUUCUUCUUCAGAAUUGGUGGAAGACUGGGAGGAAGUGGUUCGAAUAUGACAGCAAGGUGUACCUUGAUCUGUACCGAGGCCUAGUCCAGCAAGUAAAGAACGGUACUGCCCCUGAAUGCUUCGUCAAGGACUUCUACCUCAGCAAUCCCGAGAAGAACGGUGUCGACGAACUCGACUCUGCGUACGCGGCAGGCAGCAUGGUCGAAGCCGGGAGCGAGUCUACUUCAUCCGUCAUCAACAGUUGGAUUCUGGCUUGUUUGCUCAAUCCCCAUGUGGUGAAGGCCGCCCAGGAAGAGCUUGACCGAGUCAUUGGAAGCGACAGAGUGCCAACCUUUGAGGACGAAGCCAAUCUGCCCUAUAUUCGAGCCAUGGUCAAAGAGACGUUGCGCUGGAGGCCGAUCACAAAAGUCGGCGCUGUGCAUUCGACCUCAGAAGACGACUACUACAAGGGUUACUACAUUCCGAAAGGCUCAUUCGUGGUUCUGAACUGGUGGGCUAUCCAAUUUGACCGUCAACACUGGCAGGACCCCGAGGCUUUUGAGCCUCUUCGCUACAUCAAUGACCCUCUAUCUACAGCCGAAUGUGUGAACGCCUCAGACCCCAACGAUCGAGACCACUAUGCUUACGGUGCUGGCCGUCGGAUCUGCACCGGUCUGCAUGUAGCUCAGAAUUCGCUCUUCAUCAACAUGGCUCGUACACUGUGGGCGUUCAACUUGAAGAAGGCAGUCGAUGCACAGGGCAAAGUGAUCGAGCCAUCGACAGAGACGGAGAAGGGCUUUUUAUGUGUGCCUGUCAAGUUCCCGUGCAACAUUGAACCAAGAAGCCAGAAGCAUGCAGAUAUCGUGGAGCGGUCCUGGAAAGAAGCCGAAGCAGCAGGUCUGACAUGGUCCAGAAAGAAGAUGACCUUGUGA